AUGACCAAGAAGCAAGUUGCAGGAUACUUCCUUGAGAGGCGGAUUGGCAAAGGCUCCUAUGCUACCGUUUGGAAGGGCCGCGAUGGCAGAGAUGAAUUUGUCGCCGUCAAGGUCAUCAGUCGACAGACGGUGACAGAGACAGCACAGCUGCGACAGGAGGUCGAGGUCUUGCGGAAGAUUUCUCACCCGAACAUCGUCCGAUUCCGGGACCUGAAGAAGAGCGCCGCUCACUUCUACCUCGUGCUGGAGUAUUGCGCGGGUGGCGACCUGUCGCAGUUCCUGCGAGAGAAGGGUCGGGUUGAAGAGGAGACGGCGCGACGGUUUCUUACGCAGAUCGCCGAGGGACUUUCUGUGCUGCACCAAGUCAACGUGCUACAUCGCGACCUCAAGCCACAGAAUAUCCUUCUUAGUGAUUGCUCGAUGGACCCGGUACUGAAGAUCGCGGAUUUCGGAUUCGCCCGUGCGCUUCCUCCACAAGACAUGGCCGCCACGGUGUGUGGAUCGCCCCUGUAUAUGGCCCCUGAGAUCCUCAGACACGAGCCAUACGAUGCAAAAGCAGACUUGUGGUCAGUCGGUGCCAUACUCUUCGAGCUACUCAUGGGAAGGACACCUUUUUCUGGAGCAAAUCCUAUGCAGCUUUUGGCAAACAUCGAGAAGAACCCGGAGUUAUCCUUCGAGGGCGUGCAGCUCUCAUCCGAAGGGCGAGAAUUCUUGCGGGCGCUCCUCGUCAGUCCAGGGCAGCGGCUCUCCAGUCAGGCGUUCAUGCAGCACCCCUAUGUCCGUCUAUCUUCCACGGCACUCACGCCUGCAGCAUCGGCGACUGAUGAGAGCCCACGCCCGCCAAGCAAUGCCGACAACCAGGAUAUAUCCGCAGAAGGCAGCUUCAUCAUGACGGAAUGGGUCUCGGACCCAAAGGAGGACUGCUUUCCCAAAUCCGGAGCAGCCUCACCUGUCCUGGCAUCGCCUGUCUCAUGCUCGCCAGAAAUGAGUCCCCGAGACGCUGUGGAGGCGCACGGAGGCUUUGUGACGGCGAGCAGCAGUGCUAGUGGCGGGGAUGCGGCGCCCAAUGAAAAUAGCGAUCCAGUGAAGAAGGUAGAGGAGCUAUCGGCAUCUGAGGCAAGACCUUCAUCCGAGACCCGCGCAUCCGGCGCGUCUGGAGGCUCCGAUGCAAUGUCCGGGAAGGUCUCACCUUUCAUGGCCCAGGUUAUUGCCGAAGCCUGCAGGGAUCGUCCCAAGGAAGCUGGCACAAAUGCACCAUCCCGCGAAGAGGUUCCGUCCGCUCCAAGUUACUUUCGGCUUCGGAGGAAUGGAAGUGUGGAUGAGGAGUAUGUUGUAGUGACCUCAAACACUCCGACUUCUUUCGCGCGUGGGAAGGGCCCUACACCUGCAGCCGCCGCCAGCGGAUUUUGCAGCAACCUGAGUCGAAUCGCGCGCGCUCUGGAGCAGCUAGCCAUGAGGCUUGCCGAACAUGCCCCGCUGGAAGCCCUGUCGCUCCUUUUGCGUGCCCUAGCACUUCUCGAAAAGGCUCUUAAAGUGUCCUUGGAUGAUGACCAGAUGGGCGCACCCUUGCGGGGCGACUUCUUUAGAACGUUGGCUUCUGCUGAAGAGGUCGAGAAGCAACUCAAGGCUGCAGCCUCCACAGAGUCAGCAGCGGCUCAGCCCAACCGUGCCAUCUUCGAGUCUGCCGUGCAGCACGCGAAAGACGCUGCGGUAGUUCUUUCCAAGGGCCACGAGGCCGGCGGCUGGGAGGCUGCCUGCCACGAGAAGCUGACUCUGGCGCUGCUUCUUCUGGAGCUCCUGGGCAGCGAAGCAGACGGCGAAGAUGUUCCCGCCAUUGCCGGAUAUACGGCGCCCAUCGCCCAGCUGUCCGGGGAGAUCGAACGGCGCCUCAAGGGACGGAGCGGCGCUGGAACCUUGGGAGCAGUCAGUCGGUCAGCCAGCAAAACAUAG